AUGUCGCCGACCGUAGCAUCGGGUGACAAUGGUUUACCUACUGGAAUGGUCCAGGAGAUGACCGCCGAAUUGCCAGGAUGUGCAACACGUUGUCUCACGAACGAGCUGCCGAAUUAUACGUGUCAGCCAGCCGAACCAAGUUGCAUCUGCACGAACCAGAAGCUCAAUGCGGCCAUUGAGCUUUGUGUAUCAAGCAACUGCACCGUGAUCGAGUCUCUAAAAGCUCGGAAAUAUCACAGCCUGACAUGCGGUGAACCAGCGAGACGUAAUCAUACCCAGGCCCCCAUUCUCUGGUCGCUUUUUACAGCCACUCUCAUGGCUGUAGUCGCCAGGUUCGCAGCAAAGCUGUUUGCUUUGAAUCCGGUUUUCAAUAUUUCCUGGGAUGAUUGGUGUAUUUUCGCAUCUCUGCUGUAG